AUGUCCGUUCAACUCAAUGACAAAAUCUCCUACGGUACCAUGUCGCUUACAUGGAGACCAGAACCUAUGAGUCCCGAUGAUGCUGCAGAAAUGAUCCACUAUGUGGUUUCCAAGCAUGGAGUUAAGUUUCUCAAUGGAGGAGAGUUCUAUGGUCCAGACAAUGCCAACUUGAAGGCAUUCCAAAGAUACUUUGAGAAGUACAACUCUCCAAAGAACAAAGAAUUGGUUGUCUCGAUCAAAGGUGCCCUUGAUCCUAAGACACUCAGUCCUGAUGGAAGCAAGGAAUCAAUUGACAAAUCUGUGAAGAAUGUUCUUGCUCACUUCCCUUUGGAAAACAGACCUAAGAUUUUGUUCGAAACCGCCAGGGUUGACAAAAACAUUCCUAUCGAGACCACUUUGUCCUACAUCAAUGAGUACAUCCAACAGGGCUUAUUAUCGGGUGUUUCGCUCUCUGAGACCGGUGGAAAGACAGUUUUGAAGGCAUUGAAGGUGGCUAACAUCUCUUGCGUCGAAUUGGAAUUGUCUUUCUUUACCAGAGAUAUCCUUGAGGACGGUGUGCUCAAGGUGUGUUCCGACAACAACAUUCCAAUCAUUGCAUACUCUCCCGUUUGCCGUGGUAUGUUGACAGACUAUGCGGUGGAGCACGCUGACGAACUUUACGAGGCUACUAGGAAGGAUAUGAGAUCAUGGAUGGACAGAUUUAGCGAGGAAAAUUACAGAGCAAACAUUGCAGCCUGCAAAAAAUUGUAUGAUUUUGCUCAUGAUGUGAAAAAGACCUCUUUGGAAGCAUUGGCUUUGUCGUGGAUCUUGAAGGUUUCGGAAGCAAAGAACUUAUGGGGCAUCGAGAAGGUCUGUAAGAUUAUCCCAAUUCCCUCUGGCUCAACCAAAGAAAAGGCUGACAUGAACUUUGGUCACCUUGUGGAAAUCACCGAUGCUGAAUUCGAGGAGCUUGAGAAGAUCUACGAGAGCACCAGAUUGCAAGGUGGCCGUGCCAACGCUCACUUGAUCCUGAACAUGUUAGUUUAA